AGCCUUUAAUUUUUUCAAAUAUAGGUAAGUACACAUCUCACCCUUCGCUCAAUUCAUAACAACUUUACAAUCUGACUCAAUAUAUCACACUAUUAGAAUUAGAAAUGUAUAAUUGUACAAAAAUUCAUGAGUUGUGACACCUACUCCAUGGGUCCUAGAAACAUCUAUCUUUAUCAUCAAUUCAAGUAGUGGCAAAUUAGCAAAUAGUGGAGAGGGGGUAAGGGGAGAGAACCAAUCUCCCACAUCGGUUUGAUAACGAGGAAACCAGUUCUAUAAGUGGUCAACUCCAAUGACAUAAAUUGCCGGGCUUUGUAACGUAAGCCUGUGACUCAAGUGGGGGCAACAAGGUGAUGGAUGGGAGUGGUGAGCUCUCGAUCCCCACUGGCGGAUGUGCACAAUUCGUUCGCGGGCAAAAUCCUACGGGCCUCUAAAUGGUUCGGUGGUGCGACGCGGGCGGUCGAAUGCCUCAUGCUCAGUUGAGCACAGGAGAUGAGACUGCUGGCUUCCCAGAGCAGCAUGUGUGUUCCCGGUAGUGGUAGACUAUCAUCCUGAAGGGUGGUUUCCAGUCCCUCCAGAGCUUUCGCCCAACACUACCAUCACCUUUUUAACUAUCACCAUCUAAUAUAUCUUCUCUUUUACA